AGAAGGGGAGACACACAGAUGAGAGAGAGCGAGAGAGGAGGGGCAUUGUGCAGAUAUAAUUAAGAAGUAGAUAAUUGGUCACUUUAGAUCAGCGUAUGUUUUCUCCUAGGUGGCUUUAAAUAAAGGUUAUGAUGCAGUUCAUGCUGCUUUUCAGUCGCCAGGGGAAGCUGAGGCUCCAGAAGUGGUAUGUCCCACUGUCUGACAAGGAGAAGAAAAAGAUCACCAGGGAACUCGUGCAGACAGUUUUGGCCCGGAAACCCAAAAUGUGCAGCUUCCUGGAGUGGCGUGAUCUCAAGAUUGUUUACAAAAGGUAUGCUAGCUUGUACUUCUGCUGUGCAAUUGAAGACCAGGAUAAUGAGCUCAUAACUCUUGAGAUAAUUCACCGCUACGUAGAGCUGCUUGAUAAGUACUUUGGCAGUGUGUGCGAACUUGACAUAAUUUUUAACUUCGAAAAGGCGUACUUCAUCCUGGAUGAGUUCCUGCUGGGUGGUGAAGCUCAAGAGACCUCGAAGAAAAAUGUCUUGAAGGCCAUUGAGCAGGCAGACCUGUUGCAGGAGGAUGCUAAAGAAACAGAGACCCCACGUAGCGUUCUUGAAGAGAUUGGACUGACAUAACCCUGCACUUCCAUCCCAAUGCAAUCUUUGUUUACUGCCUGUUUCCAUGUAACGCUAGCUGUAUUAUGGUUGUCAGUACUAACAUCCAUCUCGCCCACCAUUAUUAUUUCUGAUGUAUACAUGAGAUUAGUAUGAGGAACAAAGCGAUUUACCAUAAGAUGGUUCAAUUUAUCUAUUUUCAGAUUUUUUAUUUUUUUUAAAUACUGCCUUAAGAUAUUUGAAUAUGAUUAGAUUUUUUUUAUGUUUAAUGUGGCUGUCGUUAUUUUGAGUAUAGUGUGAAUACACCUGAAGAAUAGAAUAACUGACUGCACUUAAUUUUUUAAGUAAUUCAGGAUAGAAGUGGUUAUGUAUUCGUGAUUUCAGUAGCUUUUUUAAAAUUAAAUACACAGAUAUACUUUCAGUUGUUUAGUAUUGUGCUUUUCACUUGUAGGCUUUCUUAAAGGAAAUGGAUUCAAGGUUUUAGAGAACUUUCUCAAAAUUAAAAAUGUAGUUUUAGGAUCAACAUCAGUUUACAAUGUAUUGGUACUCUAAUGUAGGAGAAAACAUAUUUCAGGGCAUCGUAAGGGUUUACAACCAACAAACACUGUGCUAGUAUUUAAUUUAUUUAUAAUUUUUUUUUUUUUUUUUUUUUUUUUUUAACUAUUACACACAAAAAUAAAACAUCUUGUGAAGACCAGUGUUUUAGAAUAUCAACAACUGAACUAAUAUAUAUAUAUAUAUACACACACACACACACACACACACACAAAGUACCUGUCAAAA